AUGCGCCUCCCCUUGCUGAUCCUGGUGUCUGUUCUCGCCGUCGAUGCAAUUAUAAGAGUGCCCCUAACCAGGAGAGCCCGUCCAAAUCGUCGACAUGAAAAGGCAGGAAAGGUCCCCGAGGAGCCGUUGUAUACGGAAGAUCUGAUGUUCUACUACGGAGAAAUCGAAGUCGGGACACCGAGCCAAAAAUUCUACACUGACUUCGACACCGGCUCGAGCAUCACCUGGCAAGCAUGCAGCUCGUGUAGGGAGGGUAGCUGCGCUCAGCAGACACUCGACAAGUUUGACUGCUCGGGGUCGAGCACAUGCAACACGACGACUGACAAGGAGACGUUUUUGAGUGUCAGAUUCUCGGUACCAUACGCGGACCGGAGCGAGGUCAGCGGGCGCCUAUUCACGGAUCGUUUGUGUUUGGCUGGAUACUGCACGAAGGAGCCGGUACCAAUUGGGUGCGCUGAUACAAUGAAGGGCGUUUUUACCCGGAAACUCGGGGGAAUCUUUGGCCUCGACAUCGCAGGGAUCCCGAUGUCUGCUCUGCACAGUAUUUUCGAAGACAAGAAGAACUGCCCGGAUCCCGUCUUUGCCUUCUACUUGAACACCACCCUCGACAACACCCAGCAAAGCGGCGGCGAGAUCACGUUUUGUGAAGCGGACCCGGAGCAUUAUGAGGGCCCGAUUUCCUGGGUGCCGGUCGAUGCUGAGGUCCGGGAUGAGGCUUGGUUUGUGACGCCCGAAAAAAUUGUCGUAGGUCAGCGGGAGUUCCCGGGGGUCUCAGCCGUCGUCGACAGCGGCACAACUAUGAUGCUUCUCCCAGAAGAGAUCCUGGAAGAGUUGGCUCUACGCAAAUUGGAUGACGAGUACCCAUGCGCCAACGCCACGGAUUUCCCGGUGAUUUCGCUGUUCAUGGGCGCGUACGAGAUCAGGAUGACCGGGGCUGACUACAGUAUUCAGACAUCGAAACGGGGCUACUGCAGCCUUGGCGUAUCUGGGAGUAGUGGAAUCCAGGGGAUCAAUAUCCUUGGCGACGUCUUCAUGCGGAAGGUGUACACCGUGUUCGACUACGGCAACCGACGCAUCGGGUUCGCCGACUUAAAAACGCCCACGAAGCCGUCCUGCUCGACCACCACCCCCCAUUAU